CCCCCGGCCCAGCGGCAGCGCGUGACGCUAGGCGCUGGGAUCCGGCGGCCACAGCGGGCGGGCUGCGGGGUCAGCAUGGCGGCGGCUGCGGGGACCUCGGCAGGGCCUGGGGCGCCCGAGCCGAUGCCGAGCUACGCACAGCUGGUGACGCGGGGCUGGGGCAGCGCGCUGGCGGCGGCGCGGGGCUGCGCGGACUGCGGCUGGGGACUGGCGCGCCGCGGCCUGGCCGAGCACGCGCACCUGGCGCCGCCCGAGCUGCUGCUGCUGGCGCUGUGUGCUCUCGGCUGGACCGCGCUGCGCUCCGCAGCCACCGCGCGCCUCUUUCGGCCCCUGGCCAAACGGUGCCACCUUCUGCCCCGCGAUGCUGCCAAGAUGCCAGAGAGCGCCUGGAAGUUUCUUGUCUACCUGGGCUGCUGGAGCUACAGUGCCUACCUGCUCCUGGGCACCGACUACCCCUUCUUCCACGACCCGCCCUCCGUCUUCUAUGAUUGGACGCCAGGCGCGGCGGUGCCCCGGGACAUUGCAGCCUGCUACCUGCUGCAGGGCGGCUUCUACGGCCACUCCGUCUACGCCACGCUCUACAUGGACACCUGGCGCAGGGACUCCGUGGUCAUGCUCAUUCACCACGUGGUCACACUGGCCCUCAUCGUCUGCUCCUACGCCUUCCGGUACCACAACGUGGGCAUCCUCGUGUUCUUCCUGCACGACCUCAAUGACGUGCAGCUGGAGUUCACCAAGAUCAACACCUACUUCCGGGCAGCGGGUGGCACCCACCGUCGGUUGCACGCGCUGCUCAGUGACCUGGGCUGCCUGUGCUUCUGCGUCAGCUGGUUCUGGUUCCGGCUGUACUGGUUCCCACUCAAGGUCCUGUAUGCCACACUGCACACCAGCCUCAUCUCGGUGCCUGACAUCCCCUUCUACUUCUUCUUCAACACGCUCCUGCUGCUGCUCACCGCCAUGAACUUGUACUGGUUCCUGUACAUCAUGGCGCUGGCGGUCAAGGUGCUGACGGGCCAGAUGCGCGAGCUGAGCGACCUGCGGGAGUACGACUGCGCCGAAGCCCACAGCCCCAAGCCCAGCAAAGCUGAGAAGCGGCUGCAGAACGGCCUGGUGAAAGAGAAGCGCCUCUGAACCCCUUGACCCAGCCCCACCUCCCAGAAGCUGGCCCCGCCCCGCCCCGCCCCGCCCCAAG